GUAUGUAUAUGUGUGUAUGUGCGUGUGUGUCCGUGUCCCACAGACCACAGCGCUCGGCCUCUUCCUUCCUGAUGAUCAGAGCAGGAAGCAGAGACCAGUUCAGGAGGAGGAGGAGGGCUGACACACUGACUAACAUAUUUUCUCUCCCUUUGACUUUUUCCUUAUUCAGUGCUGCUCUGUGCAACAGGCGGAGGUCGAGUGGGCCCAGAGGAGGCGGGCUCUGAGAUGGAGCAGACGGACUGACACGGCAGUAGAACCCUCAGCCUGUGGAAGCCUGAUGGAGGACAGCACUGUCACCGCCGGAGACACGGGCCAAACCAGCCCUGAGAGUGGCGCACUGGACCCUCCUUCCAAUGCUGCUCCAGCCCUUAUCCUUCCAUCUCUUCCUCUCUCUGCACCUCCCCUACCCUCCUCACAGCCUCCCUCGCGGCCAUCUCGACCCAAACCUCUGCCAGUAACCGUGAAGCCCUCCCUGCUCCCCUCUCGUCCUCCUCUUCCUCCAUCCACUCUCCGCCGUCCUUGCCGUCCUCCUCUUCCUCCCGUCUCUAAACCUUUGGCUCCUCUCUUUCUCCAAAAUCCUCCCCCCACUCUUCCACCUCCUCUCCCUACACCCGUUUCCCCGACACCUUCUCCCCUACUGACCACUGCUACCCCUGCUCCUGUUCCUCUGACUCCACUCCUUGUCUUCCUCCUCCUUUAAAAUCCCACAGUUUCUUUGUCCUCUUGCCCUUUACCUCCUUCUCUCCUCCCCCCAUCCUGUCUAGCUUGUCCAGCACUGAGCCCUACAGAUUGUUUAGUUCAGACCACUUCAGUAUGGAAACCCAAAGGACUCAGCAAAACCAAAACCAGGAGUAUCCUGGAGAAGGAGAUGACGGGGGCCUUCAUGGUUCACGGCAACCGAGGACGGGGUCGGAGCUGUCCGUUCCGCCUGCCUGAUGAGGACGGCAUCCCGCUUGUGCAAAACCUGACGGUCAAACAACACAGACAGUUUUCUGUUUCAUUUCUCCACUUAGACGGCUCUACUCUGGUUUUUGAUGACGUCUUUAAACUGGUGUCCUUCUACUGGGACAUCCUGCCUGUCCCACUGAGGUUACCCAGGUCGUUACCAAUGGCAACCAGAAGAGAGCUGGAGGUCGUCUCUGCUCUGGGAGCAGAAUUCUGGACCUCUGAUCUGAACCAGCAGCCAAAGAAUCAGGACUUGGUUUUGGAUCCAAACCACAAAGAUCAGUCCAGCUUGUACGUGUACAUCAACCCAGUUCCUGUGGAGGAGAACGUCAGCAAGGAGCCACAGCAGCCCGCUGUCAUCAAAGUGGACAUCAGCUCCUCUCUGCAGAAUGGAGAAAUGCCAGUGAAGGUCAGCCCAGAGGUCAAAGGUCGUAGCACAUCCCACCAGGAAACGUCACUUAAUAAAUACAAGCGACCCCCACCCCGACCCCCCAGCCUCGGAUCAGCAUCAGGCAUGGGCCUCCUGUUCUCCUCCUCCUCGGUUCAGAGUUCCUCUUCUGUUGCAGUGGAGAGAAAAGAGGAAGGAAAGAGAGGAGGAGGUGGCACAGAGGAGAGGAAGACCACGUCAACGUCACCUCCUCCAUUGAGGCCUCCUAUCCCAGCUCAGAGCAGAGCUGCUCCUCGUCUGCCUCCUGCUCCUCUACGCCGCAACUCCUCUCAGAAGAGUAGUGACCGAGAGAGAGCGCAGGCGACGGAGGGAGAGAAGGAACACAACUCUGCCAGAGAGGGGACAGGAGCGAGAGGAGAGGAGAUGACUGGGAGUCAACCAGCUCCCGUGUGUGAGAGGGAUGGUCAAGACGGUCACCAAGAGGAGGAGGAGGAGAUGAAAAGGGGCAGACGACAAUCGGAGAAGGAAGUUAAGGAUGAAAAAGAGGUGACAAUCGAUCCGGAAGGAAAUGAAGACAAACAGAAACCCGGCGUCCAGACCUCAGCCGUUGGUAAAGAGACCGUCCCGUCCGGUCCCCCACCCAGGAGGAAACCCUGUGCCCCAGAGCCACCUGUGUGCCCCAGUCAAGCUGCAGGAGGUCCAGCCAGUCAGAAGGCUGGGAUGAGAGUGCCACCGCCCUCCCCAGCAAGACGCCCAGACGUAUCGCUGUACUCUCCACAAGGGGGCACUGCUCUGGGGACUGAUCCUGACUCCUGUUCUACCAGUAGCACAGAGGAAGAAGGAGAGCCGAACCAGGAGCAGGUCCAAAACCACAAUCACUGUGCAGGAAGCCGAAGCCCCAAAGCAGCGGUGAAGCGAACCCCCACCACCAUUAUGUUGGACCGAGCCCGGUACCGCCUUUCCACCGUUCUCACCAGCCUCAUCAGCCACGACCGCCGCCUUACACAGCGGAUCGUAGAGCUGGCCAGAGACCCCACCAGCUAUUUUGGUAACCUGGUGAAGGAGCACCGUGCAUUCACUCUGGACACCAUGUCGCAUCACUCGUCUUCUACUGAGCUGCUGCAGGAGAUCAGACAGAUGAUGACUCAGUUGAAGAGUUACCUCCUGCAGAGCACAGAGCUGCAGGUCAUGCUGGAACCACAACACCAGUACACACAAGAAAAACUAGACAGCAUCGUGGAAGCGGCUCUGUGUAAGAGCGUGCUGAAGCCCCUCAGGGAGCCCAUUUAUCAGAGUCUGGAAAAACUGCAUGAGAAUGACAGCAGCCUGAAGAAACUCACACAGAACCAGUCUGUUGUCCUGGGCAGCACCACCACAGCUUUAGGGGUAACCACUGCUGUCCCUGAGGCUCCUGCUAUGGAGAAGAUCAGCAUUAAACUGAGUAACCUCCAUCUGGAUUAUUCUCCUCAGAAGAAGAUAGAAUUGUUGCUCAAGGCCUGUAAAAUCAUCUACGACUCCAUGUCUGUCAGCUGCCCAGGGCGGGCCCACGGCGCUGAUGACUUCCUGCCUGUAAUGAUGUACGUCCUGGCGAGAUCCAAUCUGGUGGCCUUGCAGCUGGAUGUUGAAUACAUGAUGGAGUUGAUGGACCCGUCGCUCACACUAGGAGAAGGUUCGUACUAUCUGACCACCACAUACGGCGCUCUGGAGCACAUAAAGAGUUUUGACCAGCAGAGGUCAGCGACACGGCAGCUCAGCAGGGAGGUUCAGGACUCCAUCCACCGCUGGGAGAGACGACGCACGCUCAACCAGGAGCGCAUGGCCCACGCAUCUGUCCGGGACUUCCUAACAGUGUGCUGUCCUGAGAUGGGAAUCAACCCCAAAACUCUGGGCAUCCUCCCGACAACAACAGUCCAGCAGCUGUCGGACCAGUGCGCUGCACGCUUUGAACAAGACUCCUACACACUCAGUGUGUAUACAGACGGUGUUCUCCGGCCCCUCGCCCUGACAGAUCUGGCUCUCAGUGUUAAGAACAGCCUCCAGCCGGGUGCCUACUGCUUCGUCUAUCACCCUGCCAACCAGGGUGACGACCUGCGGUGCCACAGCGGCCCCUGUGACCCGCCCCCAGGUCAACCUGCAGAAAGCUGCCGCAUCGCUGACGCGGCAGCUGGUGAUUCGACGGCAGCAGAAGAGGAGAGUCUGAUCAGUUUGUAACUGCUCCGGCAUCACUGUGGUCAUGACAUGGACAUGGAGACUGACCCAAAGCACUGAGUGAAAUCAAGAAGCCAAAAAAAUUUUAGGACUUUGCUUUAAUGUCAGAUCUGUUCAUGUCAUUUAAAGUACAGAUUAAAAUAAAAAGAGGUGUUCCGUUUCAGUAUCCAUCAGUGUUUGGACAUAAUGUCCACAUGCUUCAUGUCGGAGCAGCUAAUCAUCCUGACAGCACAGACUACAUGCAGUGACAGACGACAAAAAAAAAAAAAAAAGAAACAGCACAGACUUCUGGAUGUCAACACGGGGUCUGGAACCCCGGGCACUGCAGGAGAUACAGUUUUCUGUCUGUCUAAUUAUAAUACAGACUGCACAUACAGACUAUUAUCAUCAUGUUUAUUGUUAGAAUAGUUAGAAGUGAUUUUGUCCCUCUGAUGCUCAAACAUGUGAUCUCUGCGUCAUACAGGAGACAAAGACAACUUGUACUUGUAUCAAAUGAGAAAACACAUUAUUUCAGUAUUAAAAACAGCAGAUUUUUUCUUUGUGGAAGUACACUGCAAAAACUCAAAACCAACCAAGUAUGUUUAUCUAAUUUCUCUUAUAUAAGGAAUUGUUUUAGACUAUGCAUCUUAAAUAUUUAAAGCUACAGUAUGUAUGAUUUAGUGUCAUCUAGUGGUGGGACUGCAGACUGCAUUUUACCAUCACAGGUCAUGAUUUUGUUAUGUUUUUGCUUCAUUGUGAUGGGGAUUAAUGCUCUCUCACCUUCUGCUGGGGUAAGGAAAUAUGUAAUUUAUGAAUUUUUAAAAAACAUGAAAUCAAGGUGUUUUAAAUAGAAGCACUUUCUAAGAUUUUUUCACUGAAGAUAUUUCAGGUGGAUGAUCUAAUAUCAGAAUCAGAAUAUUUUAUUAAUCUGGGUGGUGGGGCGGGGGGGGAUGCAUUUGGUCCAUCUCCUCUGUGCAAAAUAGCAAGUAAGAAAACAAGUACUUCCACCUCAUAUUUUACUUAUGUGGUUGUGUCUUAUAUGAUAUACAUUGAUUAAGAUGUUUUGACUAGAAAUUAGACAAAUACAGUCCUGUGUACCUGGUAAGAUUUUGAGUUUUAUGCAAUAUAGUUUUGGCCACUAAAGGUCCCGUUUUCUUUUUCAACUGAUUUGCACAGUUACUAUGUUUGUUUUGUUUUCUAUAUAUCCACAGUAAAUAAAUGGACUUUUACAACAA